AUGAUUGAUGUCGAUGAGGAUUGGCAACAACAGGUACUUGAAGUACAUAAUAUAAAGAGCUUGAAGUUCAGCGACCUUGGAUCAUCAAGUGAUGGCCAGUCCGACCCGAAUCCCGCCUUUUGGGAGAGGACCCGACCAUUCCUUGGAACAUUAUCAUCAUUGCGCAACGUCAAUGACAUCUCUCUGGACAUGUCCAAGGACCCUUCAACGUACUCGACGAUGUUGCAACAUGUACCAAUUACAAAGUUGACCGUGGACUAUGAGGAUGAUUGGACCCCUCGCCUCAACAUGUGGCCCACGACAUUGACUCAUCUCACACUGAAUGGCAUGUUCGAUUGUAGUCUCAACAAUGCGUUGCCACCAUGCUUGAAGGAGUUGGAUAUGAUGUAUACGACCAUUUGGGACAUGCCGAUUACACCUGGUGGAUUGCCCGCAACACUUGAGCUUCUGUACCUCGGCCAAAGGUUCAAUCAACCGAUAUUGCCAAGCGCGUUGCCACCAGCACUCAAGACGUUGUUCGUUGGUUCCAUGUUCAAUCAACCACUUGACCAGCCAGGCCAGUUGCCAGCAUCGCUUACAUCCUUGGACACAUCAUUCAGCAAGCACUUCAAUAAGACGCUGAACAACCUGCAAGCCAAACUCACCGACCUGUCGCUCUGCAGCUCGUUCCAACAUUCCAUCGACAGCCCACAUCUCGAGACCUUAUACAUUGGCUGGUCUCACUUCAUGUUCACACCCGAAGCUAUAUAUACCCGUCUGACUACACUCAGUCUCAGCCAGACAAGUCGCGCGUUGAUCGCAUCAAUCACAUCCCGCGCCUUCCCAAGUCUUUGCGACUGUAGCAUCCACGGCAUUUACGAUGCAGACUGCGAAUCACCGUUGGACAUGACACACCUACCUCUAACACUGACCAGAUUGUAUACCAAUGCGUACGGUCCAAUCGUGCUACCACAGGGUAUCCAGCGACUUGAUCUAAUGUGUAGUAGUGCAGACUUUGUCCUGGUGCCAGGGAUGAUUCCAGAAUCAGUGACAGCACUUCGAUUGUUAAAGUAUUGGCACAAGUUGGAUGUUACGGCGAUACCAACUACUUCACUAAGGAUGCUGGCGAUUGAAGCUUAUGGUAGUCUCACUGUACCUCUACGCAUGCUACCACCUCGCACCAGCAAUGUCAAUCAUGUCGUGCAGCCAAUACUAGACCAUCUCUCUACAACGUUGGCCAGCAUAACAUCAUUCAUACUGCCUAUUGGUGGACGUGACAUCUACCAACUGACACGUAUAUCCGAUACAUUAUUCUUCAGACACUCUAUCCAAUUGUCUGUCUGUGGAUUCGUCCAUCUUGACGAAUUGCGCAAAGCAGAUACUUAG